CCGUGCUGUCAGUUUAACUCUGCAACUGCCAACUAGGUUAAAUAUCGAUUUAUUUGAUAAUUAUAGUAUAUCUGCAAUAGGAAUGACACAGGUUUGACAGAAACCUGCUAACUUCAACAUUAAUGGAAAUUGAUUUUGUUAUAAAACUUUUUUAAACGACGUAAAUCAGAUCGUUUCUGGAUCAGAUGCAGAUUGUAUACGCUUAACUGCAAAUAGAUUUAUUCAUUCGUUAUUAGUUGUUUAUAUUUUGUUUAUAUUUUUGUAAGUGUUCAGUCAUUCGCUAGAUGGCGCUAAGAAACUAAGAAAUCUUAUUUUAACAUGAGAACUACAACAUUGACCAGACGAUGGACGCCAUCCAGAGUCCCUGCACGGACUACAACCAGCUCACAGGUCUUCGCUCCACCACCAGCACUAGGCUGCUGGUACUCAUCCCUCUCGCAACGUUUUAACCUCCAGCGAGUAAAGAUGAGGUGGUUCCUGCUCUUCUUCGAAUGGUUCGUGGACUAUGCUCGUUGCACAUACUGGAACUUGUUUGGCAGGAGAAGUGGACUGUGCAGUGGAUCCAUUAGUUCUCCGGGACCUCUAGAUCCAGACAAAAAGAAAAAGAACGGAGUCCUUAGAAAAGAAUUUGAUGAGUUUGAAGUGCCCAAAAAUCUGGAUGUGAUCGUGAUCUGCAGUGGUGUCGGUGGCCUGACGGUUGCCGCAACUUUAGCCAAACUAGGAAAGAAAGUUCUGGUUUUGGAGCAAGAUGAGCAGGCAGGAGGUCUGUGUAAGACAUUCAGUGUGAAGGGCUUCGAGUUUGACUCUGGCUUCCAUUAUGUGGGGCAACUUCACGAGAACGGAUUCUUGAAGGUGGCAUUGGAUCUGAUCACUGACGGCCAGGUGCAUUUCGCCGAGCAGGACGCUCACGUGGACACUGUAGUUAUUGGAAAAGGAAAGCAGAGAAAAGAAUACACAAUCUACAGCGGCAAGAGACAGAUGGAAGCUUAUCUUACAAAACAGUUUCCCAAUGACACGAAAGCAGUCGAAGAGCUUUUCAAAAUCAUGAAGAUCGCCUCUAAGAAGAUACAUCUGCUGUGCAUGCUGAAGAUGCUUCCGCUCUGGUUCACUCGAUUCUUACUGUGGAGUGGAAUCGCCGAUUUAAUCUCGCCGCUUUUCAGAUACUCCCGCACCAGCACCACAGACGUGCUCAAGUCUUUAACAGUCAACAGAGAUCUUCUGACUGUCUUUUCUCAAACAUUUUAUGGCGUCCCACCUAAAAACUCCAGCUGCAUGAUAGACGCGCUCCUCCUGCAUCACUCCAAGCUUGAGGUCUACUAUCCUAAAGGCGGCACCAGUGAGAUCACUUAUCGCAUUAUUCAGUUUGUGGAAAAGCACGGAGGAAAAGUCCUGAUGAAAGCUCCUGUGUCCAGCAUUCUACUUGAUGAAAAAGAAAACGCAUACGGAGUGACCGUAAAGAUAGACGGAGAAAUUGAAAUCAAGGCUCCAGUGAUUGUUUCAAAUGCUGGAAUGUUCAACACCUUCAGGAAACUUCUGCCUCCAGAGGUUCAGGCUCAUCCUGGCAUUCAGGAUUAUGUACAUACUCUGAAACCAGGCAAAGCAUAUUUCCAGGUGUUUGCAGGUUUUAAUGGCACUGAGGAAGAUUUGGGUGUCUCAUCCACCAACAUGAGACUCUUUAAGACAAACAACAUGGAUGAAGUGUUGGAAGAGUACUUUGAUUUAGACAAGGAGGAUGCGCCUGAUAAUAUUCCCAUGAUGUACAUGUCCUUCCCUUCUGCUAGAGAUCCCACCUCACACACAUUGUUUUUAGGACAGUCACAUAUGGUGAUACAAACAAUGGUCAAUCCAAAGUGGUUUAGAAAAUGGAACAACAUGAAUGAGAUGGACAGAGGAGACGAAUAUGAAAAGUACAAGAUGAGAUUUGCCAACCAUCUCUUUGACUGGGCUUGUGUUCACUUCCCCAAACUGAGAGAGAAGUUGUUGAUGAUGCAUGCAGUCAGUCCCAUCAACAUGCAUGGACUUGGUGCCACAAAUGGAUCCAUGCUGUCUGCAGAGCACAGUCUGGAGAGAUACCGGCCUCUGAACAUCGCCAAGAUCAGAUGCAACACACCGAUCAAGAACCUCUACCUGUCAGGACAAGAUAUUUUCUCCGCUGGGUUCUCUGGCGCUUUGCACGGCGGUCUUCUCUGUGCUUCAUCUUUUCUGGAUCACUGCCUGUACAUUGACCUUCUGCUCCAGCAAAAAAAGCUAAAAAACAGGGAAGCCAAGAAACUACAGUGAGGUUAGGUUGAGCAAUCUUUGUUCCACGUGUCAAUCAACGUGUCCUGUUCAGUCCAUGUGAUAAAACUGUAGAAAUGAGUAUUACAAAUGUAAGCAGUAGUUUUAAUUUUAGAGUUCUACAAUUUUACGACUGUUCGGAAGAUUAAAUUUAAGUUUUGAUGCCAUUUUGUAUGCAUUUUUGUACACUGUGCUUCAUAUUCGCUGUUAAAUCUGCAAUACCAACU